UUUUUAGACUCCUUGUGUGUGAUUUUACUAUUGGCAAAUAAUUGGCAAAGCGAGCUUAUCUAAUGUGUUUUUUUUGCAUGCCUUAACAUAUCUUGGGCGUGCGAUCAUUGUCAGACUCAAUUGUUAUAAUUUUGAAAAGUGAUGUGCCGCAUUUAGGCGAAUUUGCUGCCUACUAGGCCUGUAGUUACAGAUUCUAAUCAAUGAUUUACUUACACCUUAUGGGUUAAAAUUCUGGCUGUGAACUGCUAGAACUUGCGCUAUGUUUGUUCCCCACAUCAAAACACCCGUGCAGUGUACAGAGGUAAAGAAAUUUUAUUAAUAUUUUUACGUCAGUUAAAUUUAAUUUUCUUGGAUUGCACGCACAGAAAAUUCAGGCGUGCGAUUCACCACCUGGAAUUUCAGGAAAUUCCCUGCACAUCUACCUAGCCCUUCUCAUAUCAUCCUAUCUUGUCUUGCUUUACUGCCCACACCAUAUAAGAUUUUUUUAUGUACAAAUUUAUGCACAUUUUGAAGAGGAUUCCUAAUUAUGCUUCUUUAUGUUUUCCUAUUAUUAGAAUGUACAGGGAAAACAAGUUGUGCAAUAUAGACCAUACAAAUGAUCUUGUUCGAAAGGAAUAUAAACGUUACAAAAAGCGAAAACCACCACCGGAUUUUAGCAAUGUUAUAGAUUUUAAUGAACCAGCUAGAUUUCAGGAUUACAUAGAAAGAGUACAUUUGGAUUUAGUUGAUUUCAACAAUGAACAGUUUUGUUCAAUUGGAUUAAAGCAUCCAAAGGAAUGGAAUAUUUACCAACUGAAAACGUGUCCCGGUUUUAUAGUUGUAACAAAUCCAUUUGUUUCAUAUGGUGCUCAAAGUUACUGGGUGAAACAAACUUUGACGAACUAUACAAAAGGACCAUAUGCAAACAACUUAGACAUGUUAAUGAAAUUGGAUAAAGAAAAGACAAUGUGGCAGAUUAGUCAUGAGAAAUCAGUGGACAAUACAUUCAUUAACCAAUUACGUUGGGUGCAUAUGGGCUACCAUUUUGACUAUAAUACAGUAGAUUAUAAAGCAAAACAAUAUUUCGGAUUUCCGGAUGAUCUUGCAAAACUUACUGAAACAAUAGCAAAAGUGUUUAACUUUUCUGAUUAUUUUGCAGAGACUGGUAUUGUAAAUUACUAUCCAGAGGGUAGUAGCAUGGGAGGCCAUACUGACCACUAUGAGGAGGAGCUAAGGCAACCCCUUAUCUCUUAUAGUUUUGGUCAGUCUGCGGUGUACUUAAUUGGAGGAAACACUCGAGAUAUUAAACCAGAAGCUAUAUGGGUUCGAUCUGGUGACUUUAUGCUCAUGACAGGCCCAUCUCGAACUGCGUUUCAUGCUGUACCUUGUAUCCUUGCCAAGCCUGUUAAAACAGGACCUGAGGAUAUUGGCUCAUGUCCACUAGUCACUCAUGGCAACAAAACUAACGAGCAAGACAAUUUUUUGCAUUGUACAUCAACACAUGAACACAGCCAUAUGUGGAAAAAUGAAAUGGAUGGUGAUUGGGAAGAAUUCUCACAAUAUUUAUCUAAUACAAGAAUAAAUAUAAACAUACGUCAAGUUCAUAAACAUGAAGAUACAAAAGAAAAUUCUUAGUGUGGAUAUUUGCAAAUAAAUAUUUACUCUUUA